AUGUCUGUCAAAGUCACAUUGUAUGAAUUGGCGGAUCUCUCCAUAGGGACCCCUGAGAUUGGCGUUAUCAAUUUCAAUGCCCUCCACGCUCUCCUACAUAGUGUCAUCAGCUACCUCAACAUUCAAGAUAUUAAAGCAGAAGUGAAGAUGGACAGAGGUCCUCCAACCAAGCCAGAGAUGGCAUUGCUUUCUGCUGCAACUGAGGCAGGACCUCGUGAUUUAUUGGGCCAAGAGGCAUUAUUAAAAGAGAAGGAGGACAAAGAAGGCAUUUUGAAAGAGGAGCCAGAUUCUCGGCUUGCUGACUUGGAAAAGAAACUAAAGCUGAUGGAGAACAAUCUCCGUGGCGUGAAAGGUCAAAUUAAAGGGAUAGAAGGCCAGGUCCAAGGGGUAUUAGGUCAAGUCCAAGAAGUAGAAAAUCAAGUCAGUGGGGUGCAAAAUCAAAUUCAGGAAAUACAAGAGGAAGUCCAUGGAGUGCAAGAUCAAACUCAAGGAGUGCAGGAUAAAGUGAAAAGUAUGGGGAAAGACCUCAUAGGGUUUGAAAAGCAGAUUGCUGGACUGGAGAAGCUUCCUUCAGGUACUGAACUGAUAGAGAAGACCCAAAGUGGAUCCGGCGCAGCUGUAUCUGAUAUGUGGCAAAAGAUGCAGAUGCAGAAAAAGAUUGAAGCCAGUGAGAGUGGAAUCAACCAGGCUAUGGCUCUGUUACAAGAUUUAGUGGAUGAGACGAGCAACAUGAAAUCAGCCACAAGCAACUUGGAGGAUGAAGUAAAAAAAAUCAAGGAGCACUUAGCUGUGCUAGAUCCUCGUGGGUUUGAUGAUCGUUUAAAUGUUUGCCUGAGCGAUCAGAGUAGCUUGGAUCACGAUUUGAAAGAUUUAGAGAGGAGAUUAAACCAGUUCCCAUCUCCAGAAGAAAUGGUACGGUGGGAAGUUCUUGAAGAUAUCCUUGUGAAGGGCAAGAGCCCAUCUCCCCAGACAAGUCCAGUCCAACACUCUCCAACUGGUUCAACCUCACCAGAAGGCAAAACUGUAGGAUCUCCAGAAACUCAGCCUGGCACUGCUACCCACAGAACACAAGGAGGACCGAGGCCACCAACUGGAUUACCAGGGGUCCAGGCAGGAGCACCAGGGGCUCCAAGUGGAGCAGCUGUCCCUGGAGCACAGCCAGGCCCUUAUCCUGGUGUACCUGGGGCCCAGCCUGGAGCUCCUGGAGCCCAGCCUGGAGCUCCUCCUGGAGCCCAACCACCCUAUCCUGGAGCUCCUGGAGCGCAACCACCCUAUCCUGGAGCCCAGCCUGGUGCUCCUGGAGCCCAAGGCUUUUAUCCUGGGGGACCUGGGGCCCAGCCUGGAGCCCAGCCUGGAGCUCCUGGAGCCCAACCACCCUAUCCUGGAGCUCCUGGAGCGCAACCACCCUAUCCUGGAGCCCAGGUUCUUUAUCCUGGGGGACCUGGGGCCCAGCCUGGAGCUCCUGGAGCCCAACCACCCUAUCCUGGAGUACCUGAGGCCCAGCCUGGAGCUCCUGGAGCCCAAGGCCUUUAUCCUGGGGGACCUGGGACCCAACCUGGAGCUCCUGGAGCCCAGCCACCUUAUCCUGGAGCUCCUGGAGCGCAACCACCCUAUCCUGGAGCCCAGGUUCUUUAUCCUGGGGGACCCGGGGCCCAGCCUGGAGCUCCUGGAGCCCAACCACCCUAUCCUGGAGCACCUGAGGCCCAGCCUGGAACCCAGCCUGGAGCUCCUGGAGCCCAAGGCCUUUAUCCUGGGGGACCUGGGGCCCAGCCUGGAGCUCCUGGAGCCCAACCGCCCUAUCCUGGUGCACCUGGGACCCAGCCUAGAGCUCCUGGAGCCCAACCACCCUAUCCUGGGGUACCUGGGGCCCAACCUGGAGGUCCUGGAGCCCAAAUCCCCUAUCCUGGAGCACCUGAGACCCAGCCUGGAGCUCCUGGAGCCCAAGGCCUUUAUCCUGGGGGACCUGGGGCCCAGCCUGGAGCUCCUGGAGCCCAACCACCCUAUCCUGGAGCACCUGGGGCCCAGCCUGGAGCUCCUGGAGCCCAAGGCCUUUAUCCUGGGGGACCUGGGACUCAGCCUGGAGCACCUGGGGCCCAGCCUGGAGCUCCUGGAGCCCAAGGCCUUUAUCCUGGGGGACCUGGGACUCAGCCUGGAGGUUCUGGAGCUCAGGCACCCUAUCCUGGAGCUCCUGGAGCCCAGCCUGGAGAUCCUGGAGUUCCUGGGACCCAGCCUGGAGUUCCUGGAGUCCAAGCCCCCUAUCCUUGGGCACCUGGAGCCCAGGCUCCAUAUCCUGAGGCAGCUGGAGCUCAAGCCCAGGCUCCAUAUCCUGAGGUUUCAGAGGCCCAACCUGGAGCUCCUGGGGCUCAACCACCCUAUCCUGGGGCACCCGGAGCUUCUGGGCUCUAUCCUGGGGCACCUGGGGCUCAAGCUCCAUAUCCUGGUGCUCCUGGGGCCCAACCUGGUGCUCCUGGGACUCAACCUGUCUAUCCUGGAGCUUUAACUUGGACACAACCUGGAUAUCCUGGCACCCCUGGAUUCUAUCCUGGAGCCCCAACUGGAUAUCCUGGCCAGCCUGGAGGGCCUGGGCUUUUUCCACCUGGAUAUCAACUUCCUGCCUUACCUGCUGCUCCAGCAGGUCAAUUGACUGUGCCACCUGUGCUAGAUGUUGGAGCUGCGCCUCCAUCAUCUCCCCUCUUCCCCUCCACCACUGCUAUGGGGUAUUCUGAGACCCCCUCAACCAAUUUGGCUCCAACUCGCUAUGCGGAGACGCUGGAUGCCCUGCGCUCCCUUUCACAGCUGAAUGACCUCUACCAAACUCUCAGAGACCAAAUCGCCAUGCUGGACUACUACAAGUGUGGCCAUUCUGAUCUCCGCAGGCUACAGGACUUCCUCACUGAUGCACUUUAUAAGACCUUUGCUACCAUCCCACCUAAUCUGUCAGAAAAACUUGAUGCUAUGCGUUCUUUGGAAGAAGACUUCAAAUCUGAGAAAGAGGUGUUAAGGAGGAUUCAGAAUGCAAUUGAAGGAGAAUUGCCGGGAGAAGAGGUAGAGAAAAUAGAGGGAGCUAAUCAAAUCACCCUGCAAGUAGGUUAUCUCAGAGCAACGGUGCAUGAUAUAGAGAAAGAGCUAAAGGAACUGAGACAGAAACAAGAUACAGGGAAAGCCAAAUUGGAGCAGUCGAUGACAGAUAAUGCCUAUUACCUCCAGGAGCAGUUAGACAAGCUUAGAUCUGUCAUAGAGAACAUGAUGUCCUCCUCGUCAACCUUGCUGUCCAUGAGCAUGCCACCCAUUCCAGAAUCUGGUGCAGCUCAAGUCCAAGGCACGUGUGCAGCCUGCAGCUUAGAUGUCAGUGAGAAGGUUAGCCAGUUGUUCAAGCGCUACGAGCAGCUGCAGGACUCAGUCAACAACUUCAUGUUGAGGCAGGCAGAAAGCAAAACGAAGAAACCCAAGCAACGCCAGGAAGAAGAGAUGCUCAACCAAAUCCAGAGUACUAUCCUGCAAGUCCAAGAAGAUUGUGAGAAGCUGAAUGCCACUACUGGCAAUCUUGUUGAAGAUCAUCACCAGAAACAGAAAGAGAUCAGUGCAUUGUACAAAUCACUGGAGAAACUGGAAAAUGAAAAAGUUGACAAAGAUUCCCUAGAGACCGAAAUCCAUGUGAAAGCAGAUAAGACUGCCCUUGCGGCAAAAGUCAGUCGCACCCAGUUUGAUGCCACCACAGAACAGCUACAUAAGAUGAUGCAGGAACUCCUAAAUAAGAUGGUUGGGCAGGAACAAGACUGGCAGAAAAUGCUGGACAAACUCUUGAUUGAAAUGGACUCCAAGCUGGACCGCUUAGAACUGGAUCCAUUUAGGCAGCAGCUGGAGGAUCGUUGGAAAGAUAUUCGGAAACAGUUGAAGCAAAGGGUUCCACAAGAUGAAGGCGAUGAGGCUGCAGGGAUCAGAAGGAGACUCCUGGCUCACUUCCACUGCAUUUCUUGUGACCGACCCUUAGAGAUGGUGGUGCCUGGCCCGCGAAUUACGACUCUCCCAGCUGUUCCAGGUUUACCUGCUCAUCAAUCUCUCCGGCCAUAUAUGGUUUAUGAAAUGGAACAAAUCAGGCAACUGAACCGCAAAGAGAGACUUCCGGAGAUGGCUGACUUUAGCUACAUGAAUGUACCUCGACACUGUGGAGGCAGCCAUACCCUCACCCAUCCAUUCAGACGCUAUGUGAAACUGCAACAGUUCAGCCAGAGUAUGCCCUCUAUCCAGCCAGAUGAAAGCACUAUGAUGGCCAUGAUGAAGCAUGAAGAAGUAGAUAUACUGGGUCUUGAUGGUCAUAUUUACAAAGGACGUAUGGAUACACAUCUUCCUUCAAUAACCGGAAAAGAAUAUGUCCCAAGAACAAGAAGCAAGCUCGCUCGGUCUUCCUCACAAAGGCAUCACCCCAUGCUCAGUGACCUGGCCAACCUCCCCACUCGCCCCCACACUGCGAAACUGUCCGUGGGCAGCACAUCAGCUAAAUCAAUAACAGACAAGUCUGCCUCUCCGUUAAGGAACUCGGAAGAGCCUGGAAAUUUGGAGAGAGAAACUUUUGAGGUCCGAAUGACGAUUGCCUCGAGACAACGGUCUGAUGAGCAGUCUACCUAAGCCAAGAGGAUCCAGUUUUGUACUUGCGUAAAAUACAGUUCUCACUGAUGAAGCCAGAUAAUAAAGAGUGUUCUAAAGGAGAAGGGUGCAGAUCUUUUGCUGCCAUGGAGUCCUGGCCUUCUGACUAUGCCCACUCUGCUUUUUCCGAUAGUGAUGUCCCCGGAGGAAUCUGCUAGUGGGUGGAGCAGGGGUAGGUGUAGAAAGUGGUGGUGGUGGGCUUUCUUCUGCAUUGUUCCACUGAGUCUACAGGUCAUUCAUUUUACCCAUACUCAAUUUCAGUACAAAAUCCACUAUAUAAACUGGCUAAAGAAUAGCUGAUUUUAAGCAUCAGCUUGUCUCCCUUUUCUAUUUGUUGCUUUGUGUCCACAAUCAAAUAUAAAAAUGGCCAUAUAAAAGAAAGCCACUUUUGUAGUCUGAGAAUUUUUUCUCUGCUGUGUGACGAGAAAGAGAGACUGGAUCUAUCAUUUCUUGUCUAUCUAUCUCUAUCUCAGAAGUGGGCUGUCUUCUGGCCUGUCACGGGUGACAUAAUAUCAGUAUGUAAAUAUCUAUGUGUUUACAGAUUUUGCAUCCAUUGAGCAUUUUCUGGAAAGCUCAGAAAUCCUCGAGACUCUUCUUAAUGCAGAAAUCACAGCAAGUAAUGCUCUAACUCCUGGACUGAGCAAUCUCUGCAGUCAGUUUAUUAUGCAGAAACAGUAACUUCUAGAGAAUCAGUAGCAACUGUUAACAGCAAUAAAUCAAUAUGGAGGCAGAGUGAGGAGUUUAUAAACUUGUUCACACGUGGGUUGCACUGAGAUUUUAGGGUUGGUGGUGGGUAAGAUAGGCUUUAUGUAUUGUUAAUGAAUGUGCAGAUCUGUACAUAUGAACAUACACAUGUACAAGCACAUACCGAACACCAUCAAAUUAAUAACUGAUGCUGAUUCAGCCUUGCCUUAUUAAUAACAAGUUAAAUUUAAAAGUUUAAAUAAUAUAAAAAUUUUUGGCAAACUAUUUUACCCUGCCAUUCAUAAGGAUCAGUAGAAUUCCUAACUUUCCUCUGAUUCCAAAUCUGAGGUGUAUUUUGCUUCAGUGCAGGGCAGAGGAUAAUUGCUUGUUGGCAGCUGCUUUUAAAAAAACAUUAUUUUCCACUGAAAAACGCAAAAUAGCCAAGCAUUUAAAAAUAUCCACCCUGCCUCUGAGCCCCAUUGAAUUAGUGUGUUGCAUUAUGUGCAGGAUGAAACAAUGACAUGCCCUUGAUUGGUUGGUAUUCUGCAUCACCUUUAAAAGCAUUUAAUGUGCCGGUUGGUUAGCUGUAGUUGCCUUUAUCGCAGGGUGACUCUGUAAGCGAAUCGACACUUGAGCAGUCAAAAUUUAGUAGCAGAGCGAACCCAACAAAAAUAUUUCUAGACUUCACAAGACAAACAAUUAUUCCCUUGAUCUCAGGCAUGCAUUUGAAGUAAUCACACUGUUUCAGUUGGGCAAGCAACUAAUUCCGCUUCUCUGUGGCCAACACAUUUAGUUCCCUAGUGAAUCUUAAAUCACCGCUUUAGAAUUUAGUAAGCUUUCCAAACCAAACAAAACUUUGGUGGAAAAGAACAUUUGGUUUCCCAGUAUGGCUGUGGAUCUUUCAGUGCCUAGUUACAUAAUACAAAAUUCAGCCAGACUACACAAAUAUCUCAGUCUCUCAUCCUGCAACAGAAAGACUUCAUUGCAUUUUUUUUAAAACAUGCAGAGGAGCUAUUGUUCCUGAGCUUGAGAACCUCAGGCAAAUGUUUUGUAAGGAUGAGAAUGAGCACUUCUUUUCAAGAAUUUUUAUCUUGUAAUUUAGGUGGCUGCUCUGCUUUUUACUAAUAGCAUGCAAAGACUAGCAGUAUCAGACUGGACCAGGGCUCAGGGACCAGCAGUGGGGCUUCUCUGCCAACAUUGCUACCAUCUUGGCAGAAUGCCAGGAGCUGAAGUAAUGAUCUCCUGGACCCAAGGAAGGCUUCUUCAAUGGACUCCCUUUGAGUAUUAGUCAUCAAAAAGGCAAUGGCUACAUU